AUGAUUAAAAUUACGAAAUUAAGUUUGAACAAAGUGUCGUCAAUAGCAAGUAUAAUCUGCUUAAUUGAUUGUACUUUAAUACCUAUAAUGAUGUUUGCAUUGUCAAUUUUUAACGUAGUAGAUAACGAAAUUGUUUACUUUAAUCACAUAUCUGAUAUACUAGCGUUAUUUGUUAUGACACCAAUAUGUUUUCUAUGCAUUCUUUUUAAUUAUUAUCAAUUAAAAAAUAUGUUUUUACUUAUAUGGGGUAUAUUUGGUAUUACAUUAUUUAUAAUUUCACAUGGGCAUUUUAGUAUUAAUGAAAAAAUAAAUAUUUUUUUACAAAAGUUCCAUAUCGCUAUAUCAUUAAUUUCUAUACUUAUAUUAUUAAGUAAUAAUUAUGUGUCUCAGAGAAUUUUGAAAAAAAACAAUUUAGAUAAUUGUUGUUUUAAUAGAAAUAAGGGGAAAAAUGAAAAUGGUCAAAAAUAUGCAUAUCAUAUUAACGUCAACUGUAGUCACUUAUCUCCUAAUUAUAAAGAAAAUUCAUUAAAUUGUGAAAACAAAAAUUAUAAGAAAUAUAAUAAAACAGAAAAUGAAUUAGUAAGUUUUUUACAUUAG